UUAUCACUAUCACAUUUUGUACUGAAAAGUAGUAGAUUGGCAGUGCUGAAUAGGUAUGAAUUGAAACAUGCCGAAGAAAUUUGUCAAAUAUUUAAACAUUAUUUAGGUGUGCAAUGGUAUAGGAAUUAAGUGAAAGAAAGUUUGACAUACAAUGACAUUACAAAAUACCCGAUAAUUAUGCGCUUUAAGUUUGUAAGAACAUUACUAGUGCUUGCACUUUUAGGUAAUAUCAUUGUAUGGCAUAGGAUAUGGAGGUUAUUUACAACACAAAAUACUUUGCGGUUGUUGACACCAAGCAUGGUAACACCUGAUCCUCCGCAAAAACUUCAUCGACGAUUAGCUCGAUUAGUAACAGUAGUUAUACGACAAUUUGAAACAUUUGAAAAUGAUGUGACCUCCACUGUAGAAUCUGUGUUAAACUUUUUUCCUACUAUACCUAUUUUAAUAGUAUGCAAUGAGUUACCAUAUCCUCCAUUAGAAUUAGAUUUUGCCAAUGAAAGUAUGCAAAAUGUUAAAUUAGUAAGUUUGCAGCCAGAAUUCAAUAAAUCUAAUGAUGAAAGAAAUCCACUUUUCUACAUACGUACAAAGUAUGUGUUAUAUUUACCUGAUGGUAGCAGACUUCCUUCUAAACAAAUCAUACAGGAUACUAUUGCGCAAACAGCAAAAUUAGGUAUAGUAACUAUACCAAUAGGAAGCAUAACAUUAAAUUGUAUCAACAUAGAUUUAAAAGUAAAAGAAUGGAGCCUCAGAUUUUCACAUACUACAGGCAAUGAAUGUGACAGUGUGAAUGGAAAGCAUGCUACUAUGUUUGAAACAAAGCUAUUAAGAAAAUUAACUGAUCCUUUUCUUUUACCUUUAACUGAUGCAUUAUAUAUUCAAACAACUGCAUUAAGUAUAAAGAUUCACAUAUUAUCUGAUUAUCAUUUCAAUGAAGGAAAGCCAUUAUAUAGAAAUCAACAAUCUCAGUGGAAAGUACAACAAUUACAUCAAAUCCGCGAACGGUCGCUGUUUGAAAAAUUAGGAAUUAAAAAAGUUAUAAGGCUUUCCAAUGCUAUAGAAUGGUAUGGUUGUUCAAGAGAAAGCAGUAGAUGCUUUGGAUCAGUCGUAAACGGUGUACCAUCAUAUCUUUAUCAGAAUAGAUAUACUCCACCUUGCUGUCUCUCAGGAUUGAGAAAAGUUGCUCAUCAUGUAUUUGAUAAAUUAGAAGAGGUUGGUAUCCGAUUUUGGUUAGAAAGUGGAUCUUUACUUGGUGCUAUGAGGAAUGGUGAUAUUUUGCCAUGGGAUCAUGAAGUACAAAUAGGGGUAAACCGUGAUGAUCUUGAGAGAUCACCAUGGUUAAUUAAAGCUAUGAAUAAACCAGUUGUUGAUAAUCAUGGUUUUGUUUGGGAGAAGGCAACAGAAGGGGAAUUUUUUAAAGUACAGUAUUCUAGAAUAAAUCAUUUAACUGUAAAUGUACUUCCAUUUUAUGCAAAAAAUGGUUCUAUGGUUAAAGAUGCAUGGUUUUUAAACAAUAAAGACUUUCCAGAACAAUUUCUUCAUCCAAUGUCUACUAUUGAAUUUGCUGGCAGGCAAGUGCCAUGCCCAAACAAUAUUAGGGAUUUUUUAGAAUUGAAAUAUUUCAGAGGUGUGAUAGAGAAUCCAGAGCUCCCUGGUAAAAUUUCUUUGUAGGUUUUAUAUUUAUUAAAUGUUAAUUUCGUAGCAAAUGGCAUAUAAAGAUAAAAAUAUAAAAUAAUUCUUAUAUAUACAACAUACCUUAUAUAAUUAUUAAUGAUCUUACAUAAAAAUGUAAUCAGUUUUACAUGUUUUUCUUACUACUUUGAAAUAUCCGAAUUAAUAAAUAUUAUUAAAAAGUUGGAUUACAAAUAUAUUGUAGUGUUUUCGUAAAAGAAAUAUUAUUUUCCAGUAUUUCAUAAGUGCUAAUACAAUUGUAUUAUAAAGUACGAAUUAUUAGUAAUUUUACUAGGGGUUCAGUGUGAUAGUUAAAGAGGGAUAUUUUCUAGAAUGCAUACUGAGUAUGUAGACGUUAACUUAAAUUUUUGUUACAUUUAAGUAAUUAUUUAUUUCCUCUACUUUACCAACAAUAAAUUAUCAAAUAGUGUCACAAGUUCCUAACAAAGUUUUAAAUCAUUUUAAAUACAAUAUUGGGAUAUGUUAUUUGAUGAGUUAUAAAAUUUCAACAGCUACAGUUUUAAUUUUCUUUUACAAAACACAGAUGUGCCAAAAAUUUAGAAAUCAUUUAGUUUUAAAUAUAGGCUACUUAAUAAUUUUUAAAAUAAUAUAUACCGAUUAUAUUAGUAUUCAUUGAUACUCCGAAGAAUAGUCUCCUUUGAAUUAAUUUUAUUUAAUUUUUUUAUACAUUUUUAUACGAAUUACUUUUGUAAUAAAUCUUCCUUAUUUAUUUCUUAUUUCUUAUUUAUUUCAGUAUUGUAAUCUAUUUCGAUGCGUAAUAUUUAUUUUAAUAUUUUUAAAAAUCUUACGAGACACUGUGAUAGCCAGUGAUUACUCUAUUUGAAAAUAAGAUUUGUGCAAUGAUAAUAUUUUAUAUUAAGUUUACAGAAACUUGAGUAUGACAUUAAAUUAUUGACGUUAAUUUAAAUUAUUAAAUAUAAUAACUACAUAUUUAAAUAUAUACAACACUACCUAAGACAUAUAUAGGUAGUGUGCAUGAUUUUGGUAAACUAUGGCUCCAAUUUAUUCUUUAAUAAUAUUUAAAAAUAGUCUUAUAAAGCUAUGAUCUAUUGUUACAUAUAUGGAAUUGCAAGAACUUUAACAACUCUAGUUACAAGAGGGAAUAUUAAAGUAGUUUCAUAAUGGUU